AUGAUUGAAUUAUGUACAAAAAAACGAAUGUUAAUUGGUAUAACAUUAUUAGGAGGAUUAACAAUAUUGGUAUUAAUUGUUGAAAGUCAUUGGACUGAUAAUUCUAAUAAACUUUAUUUGGAAAAUUUUGAAAAUAAUACCAGAUGUGUUUCCGGAGAUGAAUAUGAAAUAACAUCAGAAUGUCAUCCAUGUUCUGCUUUUGAAAUAGCAAGUAAAAGUAUCGAUGUAUGCAUUCAUGCCAGAUACAAGGAAGUUUUAAAAUGUAAAAGUGGAGAAGCUAUAACAAGAAGUUGUGACAGGGUAGCUUGGUUAGAAGAAAGAGCAUUUUGGAAGUUUGAAACAUUUAUGUUUCUUUUGGCAUUAACUUCCUGUAUUAGUGUUUAUUGGAGAGAAAAUGUGCUGAGACAAAGGAUAAUAAGAAAAGUGGCCAGACAACUAAGAGCUAGUGUAUAA